AUUGCGAUCAUGAACCAACCAUACCACCAUGAUCGCAGAAACGAGCUGCAUCGGAUGAUGCAUUGAUCCGAUGGGGUUGGGAUGCACAUCCGGAUGGCCCAAUCUCUUGAGAAGGGGGGUGACAAAGUGGAGAAGAGACCCAGUUAUCGUAUUUUUUUCAGCAAUGCCAUUCGUUAGUUAUCCUUUUCCCUCCCUCUCCAUUGGUCAUCUCUUUCUGCGUCAACAACAUCCAUUCGAUAGCUCCUCAUUCGGUGCCAUGCACACAUCCACACGCAUACAUCCAUACGCACACAACCACACGCACACACACUGAUCCAUGCACUCCAUGUCUGACAUGAAAGGCAUACCAGCGUCCUGAACUAAAGUUUAAAGCGGAGGAUUCGAGGUCACACUGGCAAACAAGUGUGCUGGAAAUCCAUAUCUAAUGAAUACUGCUUUGAAACAAGGCCCCAUUGGCACAUUCACAGCGCGACGUGC